ACAUGCCACCACAGUCUAUCGGCGAUUGUCGUGCGAUUCUUCUGGACAAUUUGACAAAAAGUCUUGUUAUAUGUAUAUAUAUGAAAGUAAAAUCAAUUAUAAAAUUCCAAGUGUCAUAUUAACUCAAUGAUUCGGAAUCGCUUAUUAAAUUGCAAACGAGUGGACCAAUAAUGAGUUCGCGAAGACCAGGUGCUGGGCCCACGCUGAAUUUUAAAGCUGUGCUGCUGGGCGAAGGCUGUGUGGGCAAAACUUCUCUAGUAUUGAGAUACAUGGAGGACAGAUUCAAUACACAGCAUCUAAGCACGCUGCAGGCGUCCUUCGUGACUAAAAAAGUGAUGCUGCCAGAUGAGCGACGCGCACAGCUUAACAUAUGGGACACGGCCGGCCAAGAGCGUUUCCAUGCCUUAGGACCCAUUUACUAUAGGGGUUCGGAUGGCGCCUUGCUGGUGUAUGAUAUCACCGAUCAGGACUCAUUCCAAAAAGUCAAGUCAUGGGUGCGCGAACUGAAGCAGAUGCGCGGAAGCGAAAUUGCUCUGAUUAUAGUGGGCAACAAGACUGACCUAGAGGACCAGCGAGCCAUCAGCUAUGAGACGGCGCUGCGCUAUGCGCAAACGGUUGGUGCACAUUAUGUAGAAACGUCCGCUAAGGAAAACGACGGCGUAAACGAGCUGUUCGAGCUGCUUACCCGACUGAUGGUCGAGCAUCACGGCAGUAAGCAGCAAAACGAUACCAAUGCAUUGCGUCUACAAAACUCGAUCUCGGAUGACGGAGUCGAGGCGGAUCAGGAUGAAAAUGGUCACACCAACGCCGGCGUGCAGCGCUCUUGUUGCGGCAUCUAGACUGCCUGGCAGUCGUCCAUUGUGAUAAUACAUAUGUACUAUUAGAACUAUAAUCAAUGUGUAUUUGUAAAUAAUACGUGUAUGUAUGUAUGUACCCAUCAUACCACAUGGAACCAUGUACGGUGUGUGCUAGCAUGUGCAUAUAAGCAUGAUUCUGUUAUUAGUUACCCGUUUUGAAUAGCGAACAUCCAAAAAUUUGUCCAGUAUUUCUAUUUAAUUUUCUGU